AAAAAGAAUUGUAAUGAUUUUGAGAUUGAAGUAUAAAUAAAAAAAUUACUUCCAAAUCCAAUAAAGCCAAGCCAGGGAUUCUACUUCAAAGAGCCGGUCUUCAUCUCCGUUCAUCUUCUCCAACUCUUUCGUAGGCGGAUCUUCAUCUCCGGUCUUCAUCUCGUGCUUUUCCGGCGUACGUAUUGGGUUCCCCUGAAUCUGCUAGUUGGUCAGAGCGUUGAUGGCUCAUCUUCAGCCCAUUUCUUCGUGUUCUCCUGUCAAUACAUCUUUCGGAGGAUCAGCUACCAAAGCUUCAUUUAGAUUUCAAAACAAAUUAAGCUAUUCAUGGAAGUUCACUUCAAUGCAAGAGCGCGGGGUAGGAGCUAGUGAUUUUCUUGGCCAUUCAAUUGCCCAGAGGACUGUGAAGUUAACUUUGCCUAUUAAAAAUCAUGGCAUCCAGUCAGCUUUGACAAGUGAUACUGCUACUGAAAGACGUGUUCCUAAAAAAUUGAAUAAAGUGGUUCUUGCUUAUAGCGGUGGUUUGGAUACUUCUGUCAUUGUUCCUUGGCUAAGGGAAAACUAUGGCUGCGAAGUUGUUUGUUUCACAGCAGAUGUUGGUCAAGGAGCUAUUGAAUUGGAAGGUUUGGAGCAGAAGGCCAAGGCCAGUGGAGCUUGCCAAUUGGUUGUGAAGGAUUUGAAGGAGGAAUUUGUAAAGGAUUUCAUAUAUCCUUGCCUACGUGCUGGUGCUAUUUAUGAGAGGAAGUAUUUGCUUGGGACGUCAAUGGCACGCCCCAUUAUCGCCAAGGCCAUGGUUGAUGUUGCCAGAGAAGUUGGAGCUGAUGCUGUUUCUCAUGGAUGCACAGGGAAGGGAAAUGACCAGGUCCGAUUUGAGCUUACCUUCUUUGCUCUGAAUCCUGAACUUACUGUCGUUGCACCCUGGAGAGAGUGGGAAAUUAGGGGAAGAGAAGACGCUAUUGAAUAUGCCAAAAAACAUAACGUACCUGUACCUGUGACGAAGAAGUCUAUCUACAGCAGAGAUAGAAACCUAUGGCAUCUUAGUCAUGAGGGAGACAUUCUUGAGGAUCCUGCAAAUGAGCCGAAGAAGGAUAUGUACAUGAUGACGGUUGACCCAGAGGAUGCUCCUGACCAGCCCGAAUAUGUGAACAUAGGGAUAGUUGCCGGACUUCCGGUUUCCGUCAACGGGAAGGAGCUCUCGCCCGCCACCCUACUCUCUCUCCUGAACGAAAUUGGCGGGAAACACGGGAUCGGCCGCGUGGACAUGGUCGAGAACCGCCUGGUGGGGAUGAAGAGCCGGGGCGUGUACGAGACCCCGGGCGGCACGAUCCUCUACGCGGCGGUGCGCGAGCUGGAGUCGCUGACGAUCGGCCGCGAGGCGAUGCAGCGGAAGGACGCGAUCGCGCUGGACUACGCCGAGCUGGUGUACGCGGGCAGGUGGUGGGACCCGCUGCGGGAGUCGUACGACGCCUUCAUGAGGGAGAUCACCAAGACGGCGACGGGGACGGUGACGGUCAAGCUGUACAAGGGGUCGGUCGCGGUGACGGGGCGCGAGAGCCCGUACAGCCUGUACAGGCAGGACAUAUCGUCGUUCGAGAGCGGGCGGCUGUACGACCAGGCGGAUGCGGCCGGGUUUAUCCGGCUGUACGGGCUCCCGAUGAGGGUCCGGGCAAUGCUUGAGAGAGGUCUCUAGUUUGGCUGCUUUCUUCUUUCUUUGGAUGGUUGCGGAUUGUUUUGGGGGGUUUUUGCCCUUUUUUUUUAUUUGGUUUGAUUUAUUUAAAGACAGAUUGAAUGUGAAGCAAGAAUAAAGAAAGGAGUAUUCUCGCUCGCCUGCGAGUGAAAAUAGUACUAAUGAUUAUGUGUUUUACACUUUCCUGCUUUGCAAGUGCAUCCUUUGUCUGGUUUUUGGUAGCUUUAAGGUCUUAAGUUUGUCUAUUGAGUGAUAGUGUGAUACUCCUAUAUUGGGUGGACUCAUGUUUUGUAAUAAACUUAUAAUUAAAGU